AAGUCCAGCUGAGACGUGGGAUUGGAGAGCUCCUUGGCAUGAUCGCUCGUGCUAGCCUCCUUAUCAGUGCAUUUUGUCAGAUUGGGCACAAUAGAAAAUUCCUGCAGAGUUGGAGAAGAGUGUUCAAGAUGCCCGAAAACAAAGUGGUUGUGACCCAUGAGGAAAAUACUUCCAUUGUGGGGAUAUCGUUUAGAUAUAAGAAUGAAGUUAGUCAAGUCGAUAGGACGUUUAAUUUGCAGAGAUCGAUAGACGAACAGCUCUCCAAUGUCCUGACGAGGAUCAGCAGCAACAUUGCGAAGGCAGCAAACAAAAAGAAGAAGAACAAGAAUAACCCUGUCGAGAUCCCCGUCAGGAUGGUGAGGAUCCUGGACGAGGCAGCUGUGGAAGGCGAGGACGUGAGCUGUCACAGGGCGUUUGUUGCAGCGGCCGGGGAGCACAGCCUUGUCAUCGGCGAAGACAAGUACAGCCUUGAUGUGAAUCCACCAAUAGUCAAGACAGUAGAUCUUCCAAAAAGCAUGAUGGCUGGAUUCCCCGUUUAUCCCAAUAAAUUCGAGGUCAUGUUUGCGAACAAGGAAAGCUGUAUUCUCAAAUGGUUCAAGAGUGAUCUUAGAUUUGAGACAAUCAAGGAAGCUCAAACCAAAUUAAAUCAAAUAGUUUGGUUGGAAUCAAACAGUGGCUACAAUUGUUACACCACCAAUGAUGACAUUGGGAGAUUAAUAAAGGUUAUAGUAACUCCAGCUACAAAUAACCGGAAAGGUGAGGAGAUGGAAGUGAUAUCCCCCGUUUUGGUAUCUGCUGGGCCAGGAGAGUGUCCAUUUGAACGCAGACACACACUUACCAAAGAACCUGCUGGUGCUAACAGAAUACGAGUGGUAUGUUACAAUAUUUUAGCAGACUUGUAUGCUGAUUCAGACUUUGCAAGAAGUAAAUUAUUCUCCAGUUGCCCUCCAUAUGCAAUUGACAUGGACUACAGAAAACAGCUUCUCAUUAAAGAACUAAUUGGAUACAAUGCAGAUCUUGUAUGUUUACAAGAAUUGGAUGAACGACUGUUUCUCAGGGAUCUCCAGCCUACUUUGGAAAGGGAAGGCCUUGAAGGAUAUUAUGAUGCAAAAGGAGGACAAGUCACUGAAGGAUGUGGAAUAUUUUUUCAAAAGCAGAAGUUAAGGAUGGUAGACCAUACUCGCAUCAUUUUAAGUGAUGAACUGCAGUCCAACCCAUUGUUUGAAGAUUGGUGGGAGAAAAUAAGCUCCAAUGUAAAGCUUGUGGAGAGAGUGGUACAAAGAACCACAACAUUGCAAAUAAGUGUCCUGGAGAGCAUUGAGAAUCCAUCAAAGCAAAUAGUUGUUGGAGUGACACACCUGUAUUUCUAUCCUGAAGCAGACAAUAUACGACUUCUUCAGGCAGGAAUCUCUAUGCGGCUCCUUCAGCAGGUCAUGAGUCUGUGUAAGACAAAGCACCCAGAAAAGGAUAUUUCCCUGCUCUUUUGUGGGGACUUCAAUAGUACUCCAGAGUUUGGAGUUUACCGGUUCAUGAAGACACAGUUCAUAGAUGUGGAUGAUCCUGACUGGAAUAGCAUGCCAGAUGAGUGUGUGCAGGGGAUUCAGCUGAGCCAUGAUCUGGAGAUGGACAGUGCCUGUGGAUGCCCAGAGUACACCAAUUAUACAGUGGGCUUCAAUGGCUGCUUGGACUACAUAUUCUAUCAGAAUGAUAAAUUCUCAGUAAAACAGAUCAUCCCGAUGCCAACCCAUGAAGAGGUCACAGAACAUGUUGCACUGCCCAGUGUUACAUUCCCAUCUGAUCACAUAGCUCUUGUUGCAGAUUUAGAAUUCAAAACUGCAGGGAAGGACCCCUUAUAACAACAGUGGGAUGAUUUAAAGUUUAAGAAAGGCACUAGAUAACAUUUGCAAACACAAAUAAGAAAGGUGGCUCAAAGUGUAUGAAAUUCUUUAUACUUUCUAUGCACAUAUGGAUUUCAGUGACGCUGUAUAAUCUGGAAAUUAAACAAGAUUAAACUAAA